UUUAAAUAAAAAUUUAAAGUUGGCAGCACUUUUAACUGUCAAAAACGUUGUGCACCAUGAACAUAGCUCAACUUCUGUUGUGAAAUGUCAAACAGCUGCUUGUCAAAUGCUGCUUGUUUUUGUGUUGCUAUUUGAAGUCAGUCGCACGUGUUGACUGUGUUUGCAAUUUAUUUAAAUUAAACUAAUAAAAUCAUGAGUAAAAAAGGUAAAGGAAGCAGUAAUCUUGGUAGAUCCUUAAUCAAAGACAGAUUUGGUCAUGCAAAUCGUAAAAAAGUGGACAAUGACACAAUGUUACACACAACAGAAAUUCAAGAUGGUUAUGAUUGGGGUCGUUUGAAUUUAACAUCCGUUACCGAAGAGUCAUCAUUUCAGGAUUUCUUGCGUACAGCUGAACUGGCUGGCACAGAAUUUCAAGCUGAGAAGCUGAAUAUAACUUUCAUUAAUCCUAAACAAGGUGUGGGUUUGUUAUCUAAAACACAACAGCAAAUAAUUAAAAAAAAACAUGAUGAUAAUCGUGAUUUACUAAAAAUACCACGACGUCCAAAAUGGACCGCAGACACCACUGCUGAAGAAUUGGAACGUGCAGAAAAUGAAAGUUUUCUGAACUGGCGUAGAGAUUUAACUCUAUUGCAGGAAGAAGAUGAAGAAAUGUUAAUGACACCAUAUGAAAAAAAUCUGGAAUUUUGGCGUCAAUUAUGGCGCGUUGUUGAACGUUCCGAUGUUGUGAUACAAAUUGUAGAUGCACGUAAUCCCUUGCUGUUCCGUAGUGAUGAUUUGGAAAAGUAUGUAAAGGAAGUGGAUGAAAACAAAAUGAAUGUUAUACUGUUGAAUAAAUCAGAUUUACUAACAGAUCAACAGCGUGUAUAUUGGGCAGAUUAUUUUGAUAAACAAGGCAUACGUACAGCAUUCUUUUCUGCGGUGUUAGCUGCUGAGGAAUUAAAACUGGCGGCCGAAGCAGAGAAGUUAAAUAAAGUUAAAGUAGAAGAUGGUAUUGUUACGGAUGAAGAUGCACUAAGUAUGAAAGAAAUUAAGGCUGCAGCAAAUGAAAUAAAUCAAGCACUUGAUGUUUGUGAAGAAAAGUUAAGUCAAAUUGAGCAAAAAAUAUAUGGUGACGAUAAAACGGAAAAAGCCACUAAUGGCGUGACAUUGAGAAAUAAUCCUAAAGUCCUAACACGCUUAGAACUUAUAGAGUUUUUAAAAACCGUGUACAAUGGUUCAACUCGUACGCCAAAUGUAACCACAGUCGGUUUGGUGGGUUAUCCAAAUGUAGGAAAGAGUAGUACCAUAAAUGCGCUAAUGACACAGAAAAAAGUUUCCGUUUCGGCGACUCCUGGUAAAACGAAACAUUUUCAAACAUUAUAUUUAGACAAGGAUUUGUUGCUGUGCGAUUGUCCAGGAUUGGUUAUGCCCAGUUUUGUAUUAACAAAGGCUGAUAUGAUAUUAAAUGGUAUACUACCAAUCGAUCAGAUGCGUGAUCACGUUCCUGCUGUUAAUUUAUUAUGCACACGUAUACCACGUCAUGUGUUAGAAGACAAAUAUGGUAUUAUUAUAGCUAAACCGAUGGAAGGUGAAGAUCCUACACGUUGUCCACAUUCAGAAGAGCUUCUUUUAGCUUAUGGCUAUAAUCGAGGCUUUAUGACGUCUAAUGGUCAACCUGAUCAGUCACGCUCAGCUCGUUAUGUUUGUAAAGACUAUGUAAAUGGAAAAUUGCUUUUUGCUAUUGCUCCACCUGAUGUGCCACAAGAUGAAUAUCAUAUAUUUCCAGAAAGACAGCGAAAACAGGUUGAUGAAAAAGCACUGCCCAGUCAGCAACAGCGAGCAAUGCGGAUUGAUAAAAGUUCAACUUCAAAGGACAUCGACACUCAAUUUUUCGCAGCUAAUAACAAUCAAGCUUAUGUUAAAGGUCGUAGCAAUUUUCCACAUAUACGAGUCUCAGCCGAUGGUACAAUUUCAGCAACGGAACCCACUGCCAAGCCCUGGCGCACCAAUAAAAAAGAGAAACGUGAAAAACUACGAAAAAAAUUCUCGCACUUAGAUCAGCAUUAAUGUAUAAAAAAAUGAGCGUAAAUAUUUUUUUUUUGUAAUUAUUAUUCAUUUUCGAGUAUUUUAAAGUGUAUAAAAAUGGUUUCUCAUUAUAGGUCUCUGUACAUAAAUAAUUAUAAUACAAUAUAAUUUUAUAAACAUU